AUGUAUGACUGGUCAUACAUUGCUGUUGCCUGUAUCAACUCCAUAUGUGAAAUUUAUAAAUUAUUUUCUGAUGCUGCCUCUGUAGAUAGUAAAUCAUUUUGCUGUUUUGCUAUACUUGUGGAAAAAUGUUUUAAUUUCUUAAUGUUUCUGAUGUAUGUGCAGACGAAGCGCACCAAGAAGGCUGGAAUCGUUGGCAAAUAUGGUACCAGGUACGGUGCCAGUCUUCGUAAGCAGAUCAAGAAGAUGGAGGUCUCCCAGCACUCCAAGUACUUCUGUGAGUUCUGUGGCAAGUUUGCCGUGAAGAGGAAAGCAGUCGGAAUCUGGGGAUGCAAGGACUGCGGGAAGGUUAAGGCCGGUGGUGCCUAUACCAUGAACACUGCCAGUGCGGUCACUGUCAGGAGCACGAUCCGUCGCCUGAGGGAGCAGACUGAAGCUUGA